AUGCCUGGAACUACAACAGCCCUAGAUGCAACGAAUUCUGUGAGUUCGGGUGUACCUGAUGGUAUUGAAAAGAAACAAAAUGUGGAUCAGUCAUCUUCUGGGCUCUCCAAGCGUGCUCUUAAGAGAUUACAGAAAGAAAAGGCCGGAAAUGGCGAGGGUGACCAUACAAAUGUUAAUGGAUCUUCUCGGGAGAGUCGUGAGGAGUCUGUCACUUCAGAUGCUGGCUCUGGCGACAUUUUUGUUGACCAUUUACAAAAGCGUAUUCGUAACCUACAGAAGCGUAAGGCCAAGCUGGAUAAAUAUCAUGAGAUCGCCGAGGAAGCUAAGGCCAAAAACCUACCUCUUACUUUGAACCCAGAUCAAAUUUCUGCAUUGGCUCAAAGAGAAACUGUAGAAGCUCCUCUUAAAGAAUUACAGGAUGCUCUUCAUUUGUACAAAUCUCAAGCUCUUGAACGCAUUGCUAGAGAGAAGGAGCAAAAGGCCCAACAUGAAGCCGAGGUUGCCAAGGCUGUCGAGGCUGCCAAGUUAGAGGGCAUUGCACAAGGACGUGAGCAAUUAAGUCUUACCGUGAAAUUUCUUCGUGCUGCCUCAUUUAAGAGACAAUUGAGUGACAGUACCCCUGCAGAAGAAAGUGCUGCAUUCGAACAUUUGUUGAAGGUGGUUUAUGCUGGUGAUGACACUUCUCUGUCUGCCUUGGAUGACCUCGUCAAUGGCUCCUCCAAGCAAGUCUUCGAGGAAGCUAAUUCAAUCACUUUCGAGAAAGUUAAAGAAAUUUCUCAAAUCCCUCCGGAAGAGUUCUUUCUCACCCAAACUGAGGAGGUGGAAGAACCCAAGGUUGAAACCACUGCUGCUGAGAAAUCUCAGCCUACCAUCUCUUUUCUUCAAGAAGAAGUAACUGAGGAACCUCAACAGCCAAUUCAGGACAAUACUGCGUCUCUUCCCGCCAAUAAAGACACCGCCGUUGUGGAGUCUGCUCCUACAUCCACCCCCACUGCAAACGGCUCAACUCAUCCAACUGAUAGACCCCCCUCUGCGAAUGAAGCCAAUCCUAAGUCCAAAAAGAAAAACCGCCCUUACUAUCGCAACAAACGCAAGGCGAACAAAGAUGGUGAGAACAAGGCCACCCCUCCCCCAGCUUCGAACUCUGCCUAG